UAUAAUAAAAUCCCUGCCCCCGCAGAGACUCGAAUAAUGAAUAAUCCUAUUAUUUGAAAUUACCAAAAUAUGCUUGUUAUAUGUAUAUUAGUUUCACUCAAUGUAACCCGUUGCCAUCCCUACAUCUAUCACAGUCUCUCAUUCAAUAUUUUCUCUCUCUGCAUACACAAGUUUCUCUCUCUAAGACAUUCUUUUCAGGUUUCAACUGCUCAUAGAAAAUUCGAAGAUUCGAUUUUGGCUUCGUAUCUGGUGGCGUUAACGUGUUAAUUCGUUGUUUAUUUUGUGAAUAAUGAACGUGGAUGGUGAAUUGCCGAAUAUAAAGAGAUGGAUAGUGUUGUACCCUGUUUACAUAAAUUCGAAGAAGACGAUGGCAGAAGGAAGACGAAUUGGACUCAGCAAAGCGUGCGAGAAUCCCACGUGUGCUGAAAUUGGCGAUUGCUGCAGCUAUCUGAAACUCCCUUUUGCAAUUGAGAUUGACAAGGCUUACCCGCGUGAUUUCAUGCAAAGAGGGAGAGUGAGGGUGUUACUGAAGAAGGAGGAUGGCACUCUUUUUAAUCCCACUAUCUCAUCCAGAAAGCAGCUAAUGCUUCGUGUUGCAGAGAUGGUACCCAAACAUCAUGGAAGGACAAAGAAGCAGGAGGUGGCUGCAUCAACAUCAAAUGCAGGAGCUUCUAACAAAUCUGGGAAAGGUGGAAAAAAGAGGAGAUAAUUUUCGGAAAUAUUCUCUUAAUUACUGGAUGUAUUGUUGUAGGAGUAAUUUGUCCUGAUUGAGUUCAAGUUUUUACCACCUGAAUGAGUGCUAAUGUGCUUAUGAACAUUCACCAGACAAUUUCAACAGUCGUGCACUUGAUUAUAGGACAACAUUUUCUUCAUAUAAUCUAGCAUUGGUAAAACUCUUUUUCUCCCCUUCUGUCUAGGGAAGAAUCACAUUAUGU